AAUAAUUGUUUUAGGCCAGAUAGCACGAUGGCCAUCUGUAAUAAUUGUUUUAGGCCAGAUAGCACGAUGGCCAUCUGUAAUAAUUGUUUUAGGCCAGAUAGCACGAUGGCCAUCUGUAAUAAUUGUUUUAGGCCAGAUAGCACGAUGGCCAUCUGUAAUAAUUGUUUUAGGCCAGAUAGCACGAUGGCCAUCUGUAAUAAUUGUUUUAGGCCAGGUCUGUAAUAAUUGUUUUAGGCCAGGUCUGUAAUAAUUGUUUUAGGCCAAGUCUGUAAUAACUGUUGUUUUAAGGGGGAAGAUCAACUUUAAUAUUGCGGAUACAGUAUUCAGACCCUUUAAUAUUGCGGAUACAGUAUUCAGACCCUUUAAUAUUGCAGAUACAGUAUUCAGACCCGUUAAUAUUGCAGAUACAGUAUUCAGACCCUUUAAUAUUGCAGAUACAGUAUUCAGACCCUUUGACGUUUUCCACAUUUUGUUACAUUACAACCUUACUCUAAAAUUAAAUAUCCUCGAUCUACACAAUACCCCAUAAUGAGAAAGCAAAAACAAGUUUUCCAAAUGUAUUAUAUAUAUUUUUUUUAACAUACCUUUUUAUUUGCAUAAAUAUUCAGACCCUUUACUAUGAGACUUGAAAUUGAUCUCAGGUGCAUCCUGUUUCCAUUGAUCAUCCUUGAGAUGUUUCUACAACUUGGUUGGAGUCCACCUGUGGUAAAUUCAAUUGAUUGGACAUGAUUUGGAAAGGCACACACCUGUCUAUAUAAGGUCCCACAGUUGACAGUGGAUGUCAGAGCAAAAACCAAGCCAUGAGGUCGAAGGAAUUGUCCGUAGAGCUCAGAGACAGGAUUGUGCCGGGGCACAGAUCUGGGGAAUGGUACUGAAAAAUGUCUGCAGCGUUUAAGGUCCCCAAGAACACAGUGGCCUCCAUCAUUCUGCAGCAUUGAAGGUCCCCAAGAACACAGUGGCCUCCAUCAUUCUGCAGCAUUGAAGGUCCCCACAGUGGCCUCCAUCGUUCUUAAAUGGAAGAAGUUUGGAACCACGGAGACUCUUCCUAGAACUGUCUGCCCCUCCAAACUGAGCAACCGGGGGAGAAGGGCCUUGAAACUUAUGGUCAAACUGACAGAGUUCCAGAGGUCCUCUGUGGAGAUGGGAGAAUCUUCCAGAAGGACAACCAAACAGACAUUUAUGGUAGUGCUGAAUACAACAGGUGUAGUAGACCUCACAGUGAAAUGCUGAAUACAACAGGUGUAGUAGACCUCACAGUGAAAUGCCGAAUACAACAGGUGUAGUAGACCUUACAGUGAAAUGCUGAAUACAACAGGUGUAGUAGACCUUACAGUGAAAUGCUGAAUACAACAGGUGUAGUAGACCUUACAGUGAAAUGCCGAAUACAACAGGUGUAGUAGACCUUACAGUGAAAUGCUGAAUACAACAGGUGUAGUAGACCUCACAGUGAAAUGCCGAAUACAACAGGUGUAGUAGACCUUACAGUGAAAUGCUGAAUACAACAGGUGUAGUAGACCUCACAGUGAAAUGCUGAAUACAACAGGUGUAGUAGACCUCACAGUGAAAUGCUGAAUACAACAGGUGUAGUAGACCUUACAGUGAAAUGCUGAAUACAACAGGUGUAGUAGACCUUACGGUGAAAUGCUGAAUACAACAGGUGUAGGUAGACCUCACAGUGAAAUGCUGAAUACAACAGGUGUAGGUAGACCUCACAGUGAAAUGCUGAAUACAACAGGUGUAGUAGACCUCACAGUGAAAUGCUGAAUACAACAGGUGUAGUAGACCUCACAGUGAAAUGCUGAAUACAACAGGUGUAGUAGACCUCACAGUGAAAUGCUGAAUACAACAGGUGUAGUAGACCUCACAGUGAAAUGCUGAAUACAACAGGUGUAGUAGACCUCACAGUGAAAUGCUGAAUACAACAGGUGUAGUAGACCUCACAGUGAACUGCUGAAUACAACAGGUCUUACAUCACCUGCAGACAGCGUGAUCACACAGUCUUCCGGUACAGCUGGUGCUCUCAUGCAUGUUUCAGUGAUAUUUGCCUCAAAGCGAGCAUAGUGAAGAAGAUAAUGUGCAAGUAGAGAUACAGGGGUGCAAAAUAUGUAGUUGGUUGGGCUAUUUACAGAUGGGCUAUUUACAGAUGGGCUAUGUACAGAUGGGCUAUUUACAGAUGGGCUAUUUACAGAUGGGCUAUUUACAGAUGGGCUAUUUACAGAUGGGCUAUUUACAGAUGGGCUAUUUACAGAUGGGCUAUUUACAGAUGGGCUAUUUACAGAUGGGCUAUGUACAGAUGGGCUAUUUACAGAUGGGCUAUUUACAGAUGGGCUAUGUACAGAUGGGCUAUUUACAGAUGGGCUAUGUACAGAUGGGCUAUUUACAGAUGGGCUAUGUACAGAUGGGCUAUUUACAGAUGGGCUAUUUACAGGUGCAGUGAUCCAUAAGCUGCUCUAACAGCUGAUGAUUAAAGUUAGUAAGGGAGAUUUAAGUCUCCAGCUUCAGUGAUUUUUGAAUUCGUUCCGGUCAUAGGCAGCAGAGAACUGGAAGGAAAGGCAGCCAAAAAGGAGUUGGCUCUGGGGGUGACCAGUGAGAUAUACCUGCUGGAGCGCGUGCUACGGGUGGCUGUUGCUAUGGUGACCAGUGAGCUGAGAUAAGGCGGGGCUUUACCGAGCAAAGACUUAUAGGUGACCUUGAACCAGUGGGUUUGGCCACGAAUAUGAAGCGAGGGCUAGCCAAUGAGAGCGUACAGGUCGCAGUGGUGGGUGGUAUAUGGGGCUUUGGUGACAAAACGGAUGGCACUGUGAUAGACUGCAUCCAAUUUGCUGAGUAGAGUAUUAGAGGCUAGGAUCAGUAGGAUAGUCAGUUUUACGAGGGUAUGUUUAGUAGCAUGAGUGAAGGAGGCUUUUUUUGCGAAAUAUGAAGCCGAUUCUAGGCUUAAUGUGAGUCUGGAAGGAGAGUUUAUAGUCUAACCAGACACCCAGGUAUUUGUAGUUGUCCAAGUAUUCUAAGUCAGAGCCAUCCAGAGUAGUGAUGAUGGACGGGCGGGCAGGUGUGGGCAGGGAUCGGUUGAAGAUCAUGCAUUUAGUUUUACUAGCAUUUAAGAGCAGUUGGAGGCCAUGGAAGGAGAGUUGUAUGGCAUUGAAGCUUGUCUGGAGGUUAGUUAACACAGUGUCCAAAGAGGGGUCAGACGUAUACAGAAGUAUAGAAUGACAGAUGUGCUGUACUCCUCAAUGCCAUUGGAGGAAUCCCAGAACAUAUUCUAGUCUGUGCUGCAAAACAGUCCUGUAGAUUAGCAUCUGCUUCAUCUGACCACUUUUUUACUGAUCUAGUCACUGGUGCUUCCUGCUUUAAUUUUAGCUUGUAAGCAGGAAUCAGGACAAUGGAAUGAUGGUCAGAUUUGCCAAAUGGAGGGUGAGGGAGAGCUUUGUAUGCAUCUCUGUGUGUGGAGUAAAGGUGGUCCAGAUUUAUUUUCUCCCUGGUUGCACAUUUAACAUGCUGAUGGAAAUGUGGUAAAAGGGAUUUAAGUUUCAUUAAAGUCCCAGGCUACCAGGAGGGCCGCCUCUGUUUGCUUAUGGCGGAAUACAGCUCAUUCAAUGCUGUCUUAGUGCCAGCCUCUGACUGUGGUGGUAUGUAAACAGCUACGAAGAAUACAGAUACAGAGCUGCUUCCUGUGCUUGGCCCUCCUAUGUUGAACAUAAUAAACGGCUCUCUAUCCACUGGAUCUGUACCAAACUCACUAAAAGUGGCAGUAAUAAAGCUUCUCUUAAAAAAGCCAAACAUUGACUCAGAAAAUAUAAAAACUAUCAGCCUAUAUCGAAUCUCCCAUUCCUCACAAAAAUGUUAGAAAAAGCUGGUGCGCAGUAACUCACUGCCUUCCUGAAGACAAAACAAUGUAUCUGAAAUGCUUCAGUCUGGUUUUAGACCCCUUCAUAGCACUGAGACUGCACUUGUGAAGGUGGUAAAUUACAUUUUAAUGGCAUCAGACCAAGGCUCUGCAUCUGUCCUCGUGCUCCUAGACCUUAGUUCUGCUUUUGAUACCAUCGAUCACCACAUUCUUUUGGAGAGAUUGGAAACCCUAAUCGGUCUACACGGACAAGUUCUGGCCUGGUUCAGAUCUUAUCUGUCGGAAAGAUAUCAGUUUGUCUCUGUGAAUGGUUUGCCCUCUGACAAAUCAACUGUAAAUUUAGACUAUACACCAUAUACUACAGACUAUACACUACAGACUAUACACCAUAUACUACAGACUAUACACUACAGACUAUACACCAUACACUACAGACUAUACACCAUACACUACAGACUAUACACCAUACACUACAGACUAUACACCAUAUACUACAGACUAUACACUAUACACUACAGACUAUACACUACAGACUAUACACCAUACACUACAGACUAUACACUACAGACUAUACACUACAGACUAUACACCAUACACUACAGACUAUACACUACAGACUAUACACCAUACACUACAGACUAUACACCAUACACUACAGACUAUACACCAUACACUACAGACUAUACACCAUAUACUACAGACUAUACACCAUACACUACAGACUAUACACUACAGACUAUACACUACAGACUAUACACCAUAUACUACAGACUAUACACUACAGACUAUACACCAUACACUACAGACUAUACACUACAGACUAUACACUACAGACUAUACACCAUAUACUACAGACUAUACACCAUACACUACAGACUAUACACCAUACACUACAGACUAUACACCAUACACUACAGACUAUACACCAUACACUACAGACUAUACACCAUACACUACAGACUAUACACCAUACACUACAGACUAUACACCAUACACUACAGACUACACUACAGACUAUACACUACAGACUAUACACCAUACACUACAGACUAUACACUACAGACUAUACACCAUACACUACAGACUAUACACUACAGACUAUACACCAUACACUACAGACUAUACACUACAGACUAUACACCAUACACUACAGACUAUACACUACAGACUAUACACCAUACACACACAGAGAGAGAGAGAAACACUUGUAUCACUACACAUCACUCUGGUUUAAUCAAGCAUUUUGCAACACCAGCAAUAACAUCUGAUAAAUAUGUGUAUGUGACCAAUAAAAUGUGA